CCAGGGCGACCCCAGUCUGAAAGUCGUGUUUGUCCUAACGGGGGGAAAACAAGAGCACAUUCUUGUCGAAGUAUGGAUAAGUACACAGUUUGUGCGUUGGUUAUAGCGCUCGGUGCAUUUGUGCAGUUCAAGGUUGUUUUUACUCAGAAUUCCCGAAACAAUUUGACAGAGAUUCGGCCGAAAGCGGGCCGAUGCCCUCGUCUUCUGAAAGUGGUGCCAUCACGCAAGGGCUGCGCGUGUGAUCAAGACUGCCCUGAGAACCACAAGUGUUGCGUCUUUGACUGUGGAGCUGCCUGCGUCCCUCCUUCUUUAAAUAAACCAGGAGUGUGUCCGCGUCGAAAGUGGGGCUAUGGGCAGUGUGCCGAGUUUUGCUAUGACGACAGUGACUGUCCCAAUGAGGAGAAAUGCUGCUCCAACGGAUGCGGACACGAGUGCACGGUCCCUUACAAAGUGAAGCCGGGCCGUUGCGCUCUGCCCCAAGGAACUCCCAUGUGUGCAGAGUACUGCUACCAUGAUGGUCAAUGUCCAGAGGAGCAGAAAUGCUGCAGGACAACCUGCGGUCACGCCUGCAGUAAGCCCUCGCUCAGUGCAUUUUCAUUUAAAAACAUGACACUCUUGGAUGAUUCAAGAUGUUUUGUUUUGUUCUUUCACUCAGAGAUUCACCCAAAACCAGGCGAAUGUUCCCGUAAUCCUUUAUUUGCACCAUCAAAAAGGGGAUGUGUGAGUGACCAAGACUGCCCUGGGGACCACAAGUGUUGCGUCUUCGACUGUGAAGAUGUCUGCGUCGCUCCUUCUUUCAAUAAACCAGGAGUGUGUCCGCGUCGAAAGUGGGGCUAUGGGCAGUGUGCCGAGUUUUGCUAUGACGACAGUGACUGUCCCAAUGAGGAGAAAUGCUGCUCCAACGGAUGCGGACACGAGUGCACGGUCCCUUACAAAGUGAAGCCGGGCCGUUGCGCUCUGCCCCAAGGAACUCCCAUGUGUGCAGAGUACUGCUACCAUGAUGGUCAAUGUCCAGAGGAGCAGAAAUGCUGCAGGACAACCUGCGGUCACGCCUGCAGUAAGCCCUGCUGAGUUGACUACAAUCAACUUCAUGACAAAAAUACAGAAGGAGACAGGAGAGUGUUUUUUUUAAUAUACAUUUUCCUUCAACGGUGGUUACAGGGUACAUCAAAAGUAUUCAGAUCAUACAAAUUUUGGUAUUUAGCUCAAAUUAUUUCCUGUUUGCUAUUU